GAGGCGGGCGGGGGAGGCGGUGGGGGUGCCGGCGGAGGAGGAGGCGGCGGCGGCGCUGCUGGGCCCGCACCGGGGUCGGGGUCGGGCGGCGGCGCGGCCGGAGGGGAGUCCUGGUACCUGGCUUUGCUGGGCCUGGCCGAGCACUUCCGCACGUCGAGCCCGCCCAAGGUGCGGCUCUGCGUGCACUGCCUGCAGGCCGUGCUGCCCCGCAAGCCCCCGGCCCGCAUGGAGGCCCGCACCCACCUCCAGCUCGGCUCCGUCCUCUACCACCACACCCGCAACGGCGACCAGGCCCGGGGGCACCUGGAGAAGGCGUGGUUGAUAUCCCAGCAAAUUCCCCAGUUUGAGGAUGUUAAGUUCGAGGCAGCCAGCCUUCUGUCCGAACUGUAUUGUCAGGAGAAUUCAGUGGAUACAGCAAAACCUCUGUUACGCAAAGCCAUUCAGAUUUCACAGCAGACUCCGUACUGGCACUGUAGAUUGCUUUUUCAACUUGCACAACUACAUACACUUGAAAAAGACUUAGUAUCUGCAUGUGACCUUCUCGGAGUUGGAGCAGAAUAUGCUCGGGUGGUAGGAUCAGAAUAUACGAGAGCACUGUUUCUGCUAAGCAAGGGGAUGCUCCUUCUAAUGGAACGAAAGCUGCAGGAGGUGCACCCUCUCCUUACUCUUUGUGGGCAGAUAGUUGAAAACUGGCAAGGAAACCCCAUCCAGAAAGAGUCGUUACGCGUAUUCUUCUUAGUCCUGCAGGUCACGCAUUACCUGGAUGCCGGGCAGGUGAAAAGUGUGAAACCAUGCCUGAAACAGCUUCAGCAGUGCAUCCAGACCAUAUCCACGCUGCACGAUGAUGAAAUUCUGCCCAGCAACCCCGCUGAUCUCUUUCACUGGCUGCCCAAGGAACACAUGUGUGUGCUUGUCUACUUGGUGACAGUGAUGCAUUCCAUGCAAGCAGGAUACUUGGAGAAGGCUCAGAAGUACACAGACAAAGCACUCAUGCAGCUAGAGAAGCUAAAAAUGUUGGACUGCAGUCCUAUCUUGUCAUCAUUCCAAGUUAUUUUGUUGGAACACAUUAUCAUGUGUCGGCUUGUCACGGGACACAAAGCCACAGCACUGCAGGAGAUUUCACAAGUCUGUCAGCUCUGCCAACAGUCUCCCAGACUGUUUUCUAAUCACGCUGCCCAGCUGCACACUCUAUUAGGGCUCUACUGCAUUUCUGUUAAUUGCAUGGACAAUGCAGAAGCACAAUUUACUACAGCACUGAGGCUCACUACACAUCAAGAGCUGUGGGCAUUUAUUGUGACAAACCUAGCCAGUGUGUACAUCAGGGAAGGCAACCGGCAUCAAGAGCUUUACAGCUUAUUGGAAAGGAUAAAUCCAGACCAUAAUUUUCCUGUGAGCUCUCACUGUCUUCGAGCAGCAGCUUUCUACAUCCGAGGUCUGUUCUCCUUCUUUCAAGGAAGAUACAACGAGGCAAAACGAUUUUUGCGAGAGACGCUGAAAAUGUCAAAUGCAGAAGACUUGAAUCGAUUAACAGCGUGUUCUCUCGUACUCCUGGGUCAUAUAUUCUAUGUGUUAGGGAAUCACAGGGAAAGUAAUAAUAUGGUAGUACCAGCCAUGCAGCUUGCAAGCAAGAUACCAGAUAUGUCUGUGCAGCUGUGGUCUUCAGCUCUGUUGAGAGACCUGAACAAAGCCUGUGGAAACGCCAUGGAUGCACACGAGGCAGCACAGAUGCAUCAGAACUUCUCACAGCAGCUCCUCCAGGACCACAUUGAAGCAUGCAGUCUUCCAGAACACAAUCUAAUCACGUGGACAGAUGGACCACCUCCUGUACAGUUCCAGGCACAGAACGGACCCACCACCAGCCUGGCCAGUCUCCUGUGAAACAGAAUAACUAUCAGGACAGUGUGUUUAAAAAGAAAAGAAAACAAAAAACAAAUGCCAAAAAAGGAGAAAAAGAAAUUAAUGCAAAAUCUUUUCUUCAAAGAAAAGGCAGCAAAUUCCUCUUCUAGCGAGGGCCUUGUAGGAAACAGAUUGCAUAAAGACAACGUACAUUUCAUAGACCUGCGGAGUGAGAAGGGCAUUUUAAGCUGCUUUUACAUAAUGUGUGUGAAUAUACAGCUAGUGUGUAUAUACCUACUGGUUUUAAUCUGCUUUCCUCUUACUGAGAAUUAAGGUUUAGUCCAAAGGACGCUUGUUCCUUAAAUUGUUAGGUAUCUACUUUUUAAAAAUUGUCACAGGAAAUGAAGAGGACUCAUGCAGUUUUGAAUACCAAUUGUAUUUUAAAUACUCAGACCUUCCCUGGAGUAUGAUGCAUGCCAGUUCUAAUGUUUUCUGCACCCUUCCGCUCCUGGGAACAAUUGGAUUAAAUCAUGAUUGAUUGUAGGGUGCCUCAAGUUUGGACUUUAGUUUCUGAGGUAACAUGCUUUCCUUCUCGUUGUCUGGAAGUCAUUGCCGGUGCUGUCCGUAGCCUUGCGGUGAAGGUAAGGGGGAGAUGGGUGAGAUCUGUGUUGCGAGGGGCAGGGCGGUUGCAGCCGGGGGGGUGUGAGCUCCAGGCCGAGCGGAGCAGAGGUGCGUUGUCAGAGGAGCAGGUUCCACCUCCCGGGUUCAUGAGCGUGUGACAAUGUGCCACCACCUUGUCCCUGUGAGGGUUUUCCUUUGAUCUCCAGGCUCUGAUGGCCGGUCCCGUGCAGGGUCAGGUAGAACCACAGCUCUCUCCAUCUCUGCUACUUUGUCAUGAUUUGUACGGAGGGAGGAAGGUUCUCGUCCUCCUGUCUAGGCCCCAGGCAGCUGGGAAACGGCGUUUUGCAUCUUUACUGCAGCCCCUCACCAAGGGAAGGCAGCGUCUGUGCCUUAAUGAUUUUUACAAGUCAGAGUUAAACUAGGUGGUUAAAACCCAGAUCCCAUAUAAGCCAGAGGCUUAUGAUAAAAAACCUAAACUGUAGUCUUGCCUUUGGCAAAAACUGAAUGUUUCCAAACUUCUCUGUGUUAGUUUUGCUGUAUCUCAGUUUUUUGAGCUCUUCAGCUGUGAAUUCUCACUGCGUUUGCCCGUGCCUCAGCAGCUGCCUCAGAACAGGAGAGAUGAGGCCCGAGUUUGUUCUGCAGAAAACAGUGUGAGAGUUGUUAAUUCCAUGAAGCAGCAGCAGCAGCUUUAUAGCAAGGAUCCGUGCCAGUCCGUCAUAGUGCUGUGUAAAGCUUGCGAGGUUCAUGGGGCUGAAUAAAGGUGUUUUUCUCUCUUGGUAGCUCUGCAUAUUUAUCUCCCAACUUAAAAGGGGGAGGGAAAAGGAAUCUGCUAGAAAAAUUACUUGUAUAGGGCUUUCUGUGAUUGCUUCUUUUUCUGAGGGAGGAGGAGAAUGUUGUAGAGGAAAUACUUGAGCCCCUCAAACCUUUAGAACUUUUACUGCAGAAGGAAUACAGUGGAAUCUGUCUUUAAUCAUAGAAUCAGAGGAUGGUUUGGGUUGGAAGGGACCUUAAUGAUCGUUAGUCCAACCCCUGAUGGUCAUUCUUUUUCAAAGUCUUGUCCCCUGUCCAGCAACAGCUCACAAAGACACUUGCUUUUUGUAAUUCAAAGCCCUCAGUUUUUACCACUGAGGGAUAUUAAGAGGACGGACAAGUGCUUGUCCAAUUAGCAAAAUAAGAUUCUACGUUUCCUCUGCUGGACAUGUGAUGCUGAUUUAGGUCCUUAUCGCAGACAUUUACUCUUGCAGCAGCCACGUAUGUUUUAGGCACUGUUCAAUCUCCUGUGAGGGAAACACGGCCUCAAUAUUGGUACAGGGAGAGAGUUUUAUUGCUGGGUUUGCAAGAAUAGAAUUCAGUGCUGUUUGAAGUCUCCCUUAGAACUCAAAAAAAUAGGAAAGAAGUUUGUGAGUUAGCGUACGGGGGAUUUGGAGGCACCAAAUACAGGGAGAAUCCGCGCAGACGGACCCCGUUGGGCAUCGCUUGCUCGCUGAGGUGGUGCUGCGUGUCUGCCACGCGGCUCUCGCGGCCUCCUGGCCCCUCGAUGGCUCCGAGCCGACGGCCGGCCUGCUGCGGCUCUGCUGUGGGGGCUGGAGCCUGUCCCUGUGCUGGCAGCCCGGGGGGCCCCAAGUGCGUGGUGAGAGGAGGAGGAGAAGGAGGGAGGGUUCAUGCUCGCUCCACUUGCUGGUCUGAGGCAGCUUGGUGGGCUGCAGGCAUCUGUUAGAGACAGAACAACUUCCUAAGCUUAACGGCUGCCGUGUGCUUGGAUUCUGAUCAGGAAUGAUCAGGUAAAUCCUACCUCGGGACUAUUGAUAACCCACAGGCUAUUUUUUAGGAUUCUCCCCUUUUUUGGUUUUUUUUUUUUUUUUUUUUUAAGUGUAUGGGAAGUAGAUUGCGCUUCAGCUGUUCCCUCCAUAAGUCACUGAGUUGCAAGAACUCAGUGCCUGUUUUUAAGCACCUAAAUGCAACGGCCGUUUUCUUGACAGUGCUCUUAGCAGCUGAGGAAUGACUCAUGACUGAAAAACACGUACUUUAAAAUCUGCUGGAGUCCCAUUCAGGUAAUCCAAGCAUUCUCUUUUUUUGUCAUCCAAUCUGAGGCUCUUAUUUAACUGAUUACGUGCCCAUCGCAAGUAUAAACUGCUUUGAAUGUUGGCCAAAAAAGCACAGUUUCUAUAAGGCAAUAUUAAGAAAAAAAUCCCAACUCUAGAGAGCUGUGGUUUGGGCUGAAUUUAAGAAAAGCACUUUGCAGAACAUGAGAUGGCCAGGUAGCUGCAUCUCCUGACCUUACCCUGCUGCCUGAGGACCUGCAGAGCUGCAGAUUGUUGUGGGAGAGCGAUUUGCGGUGGCAAUUUUCUGGCUUCUCGUUGUCGGUACUUGUGUGCGACCCAGGCUGCUCUGUAGUUCCGAUCCCUCGCCCGUCUGCUCUCGGGAGGGAAGGAAGUACUUGAGGGAAGGCUGCCUGCUUGCUGCUGCUGUUAAGUGCGCUCAGGUUUGAACAGGAACCAUUUGCUAAAGCUGGUAGCUGAACUUGGAACGUCAGGAGGAACAACCUGGGAUUUCCUCGGCGGUGGAAGCCAGCUCUGCCGCGGCUCUGCCGGUGUGCGGAGCCGCGCUCGCCCGCAGCCCUGGGGAGUCCAGAACUCUGCUCUGUUUCCAGAGUCCUCUUCCCAUCACAGGAUUUCACAAAUCAUGUAAAUUUGAAAAUAACUUGGUGAUUUUCUAUCUCUAAAAUUCAAUGUACAUUUGUUACAAUGUACAGUGCUUUUUAACUACACUUGUAUAUUAAAUUAUUUAAUAGUUUUUGCUUUUCAGUAUCUUUUGUAUGUAGCAGAGAUUAAAACAAGGACCUCAUAACUGAAGUUCUUCCUAAUUUUUGAAUGCGUAUGUAAAGUUGAACAGAAAACUAGAAGUUUACAGUUUACAAAUAAUUUUCUGUUAAGUGCUUGGUCUGUCCAACUUGAUUUGAACAACCUAUUUCUAAUCUUUCUUGUCCAAUCAUUUAAUUCUCUAUAGAAACAAACAUGAAGUCUUUUAUGAACUUCUAAAAAAAAUUAUUCUUCUAAAGAUGUAAUUUAGAGAACUGUACAGUUUUUUCUCUAGUAUUUUUAAAUGAGUAGCAAGAACUUACACAGAAGCAUCUAAUCACUGUUUUGUAGAUAGUGUAAAAACUUAUGUAUGUAUAGAGAAUGCAGUCUGAAGAAGUGUUUGCCUGUUGUAUUUCAUUUCCUACACUAUGAACAUCAGAAAGGCCCACGUACCCAGGAAAUCUAGAUCAAUCUGGCGGUUGGGGAAUUUAAAACAAGAUAAAAUAAUGAACUUCAUCCCCCCUCAUCCAGUAUGUGCACUCACGGUGACACCACGAGCAAGAAUUGACCUUGAUAAAACGUUAGGGCCUGCAAUGCUGCCCGUGGACACGUGGAGUCCAGCACAAUGUAUUCCGUGUUACGUCACUGCUUGAAUUUUAUUCAGUUUUUCCCAAAGUCUCCAGAAAGUAAAAUUAACGACAGAAGGAAUUCAGUAAUGUCCCUGUGUUACUUUAGAGAUUACUGACCUCUCCAAAUCAUGCUGAACAAACCCGUUUCUGUGAUGUGCAGCAGUUCUUGCCACAGUGGUGAGUGAGAAGGAAAUCGUGGCGGUAGUUUAGGCUGUACAGAACACUUGGAGAAAUCAGGAUGAAACACCACCCCUCUGUGCUCUUCUACUGUCUGUCUUAGCAAGUGUAUUUAAUUGUUUCCUGCAGUGAACCUUUAAAUGUUAUGUCAGGUUUGUACAAUGUAUUGUUAAGUGUUUGUAGUUCUCUAUAAGUAGCAGGACCUGUACCUUCUGCCCGUGCUCCUUCCUGAAGCUGUAAAUACAGUAACUCAUGUAAUGAGACGGAACCGGGGCAUUACUUUGUUGCCUUUGUUUCCUCUCGUUUUCUAUAUUAGAAGAAUUUUUAAAUAAAGUUUAAUUUUACUUCUUCUA